CAGAAGCUUCUAGCUUGAAGAAAGGCCGAUCUGGUGACGGGCGGCUGACGGCAGCCGCUCACGUGACGCCGCAUGGGCCGCGGCCCCAACAGCUGAAGCAGCAGCCCGGAGCGGGGCUUGGAGUGGACAGGUGUUUCUGCGGCAGAAGCCCGGGGGAGUUGCGGUGUGCAAUAAUGGAUCCAGGUCAGGAUUCAGCUAUGCAAGAAAAUGAAAAUGCAAGAGCAAUUGAAGAUGAGUACAAGAAAGCUUUUGUGUUUAUUAAUAAAGCAUUGAAUGCAGAUGAAUUGGGUCAAAUAGAAGCAGCAAAGAAUUAUUAUAGGCAGGGGCUUACCCACUUAAGCAAAGGUGUUCGUAUUCCAUCAGAAGGUCUUGAAGGCACCAAGAGCCUUGCUGUGCCUGUUAGGCAAAUGCAGCAAAAGAUGAGAGAAACUUUAGAAAACGUUACUGCUCGUUUGAGACUUUUAGAUGAAAUUUCCCAAGCAAAUACCACUGCCAUUAGCUCCAAUACAGAGAUGCCCAAAUUAUAUCCAACAAUUCCAUCCAAAGAAAAGCCUGAGAGGCCUCCGGUGCCCAGUUCAUUGACAUCACCCCCUCAACCACUCUCAAGCUAUGGAAAUAUUGGAUCCACAAGUCAAGGGCAAAUGGCUGCACUGAGUCCAUCAACUUCAAUGAAGCCCAAUGAAGCACCUCCUGCUUAUACUCCAGAGGCCACUGAUGGCCACUAUACUGUGUCUUAUGGGACAGAAUCUGGGGAAUUCUCAUCUGUUGGAGAGGAUUACUAUAGAAAAUGUAACCAGCCGCCUCCUGUUGAUAAUUUUGGAGUAGAUGCUGAUGAAUUAAUCCUCAUUCCCCAUGGUGUGCAGAUUUUCUAUGUCUCCCCUGAUGGACAAGUUAGCGCUCCCUCAUAUCCUGGAUAUCUUCGCAUUGUAAAGUUUUUGGAUACAGAUGUUGCAACAGCCCACAAUCGCCCUCCAGCUUUCCUUCAGGUUUGUGACUGGAUAUAUCCUCUUAUGUGCGGCCAGUCUCCUGUUCUCUCAUGCCAGUCAGGAGUCUAUAUGUUCCCUGAUAUGAUGUCACAGGUAUCAGGAUCCUAUGUAGGAGUAGUGUUGUCUUCAGAACUUCCACUCGCUGACCGAGAACUAUUUGAAGAUCUAUUGAAGCAGAUGACUGACCUUAGAAUACAGGCUCCAAGAUCCCAUGAGGGAGUAGGGUUUCCAUCAGGAUGCCAAAGGUCUUACAAAGAGCUUUUUGAGGAUAUGUUAAAACAGAUAUCAGAUCUUGGAACUAAGCCUGCUGAAGCUUCAAGUGAUGUGAUCAACCUUGGGCAGACUGUACGUAUUCAGCCAGUGCCUGAAGACAGAGAUCAUGAAUUACCUGAAUGGAGUGAGAAAAUAGCUCAUGGCAUCUUAUCAGGAGCAUCCUGGUUGAGCUGGGGUCUGGUCAAAGGAGCAGAGUAUACUGGAAAAGCAAUCCAAAAAGGAGCCUCUAAAUUAAGAGAACACAUUCACCCAGAAGAAAAACCUAUGGAGGUCAAUCCAACUGUAGCAAAGGGACUGCAAGUGGCAAGGCAAGCUACAGGAGGAGCAGUCAAAGUCAGUCAAUUCUUGGUUGAAGGUGUUUGUUCUGUGGCAAGUUGUGUUGGCAGAGAGUUAGCCCCUCAUGUGAAGAAACACGGAAGCAAACUGGUUCCAGAAUCCCUUAAGAAAGACAAAGAUGGAAAAUCAACUUUGGAUGGUGCUCUAGUUGUAGCAGCAAGUGGAGUUCAAGGGUUUUCAACAAUAUGGCAGGGUUUGGAAUCUGCUGCAAAAUGCAUUGCUAAAAAUGUAUCUACAGAAACAGUUCAGACAGUCAAGUACAAGUACGGGAAUGAUGCUGGCCAAGCUACAAAUAAUGCUGUCAGUUCUGCCAUCAAUGUUGGUGUAACAGCUUUUAAUAUCGACCAUAUUGGAAUCAAAGCUAUGGUCAAGAAAACUGCAAAGGAAACAGGCCACGCAGUCCUGGAUGAUUAUAAGAUUACCGAAAAAGAUGAAAAUAAAGCUCUAGAAAAGAGAGAGAAAAAGGAUGAACACUAAAUCUGUGCAACUGAAUUGCCAGAAGCCUUAAUAUAUAUUUAAAUGAAAAGAAUUAACAGAUUUGGUAUUUUUAUAAUCUUAAACAUCUGGACUUGAUUUAUCAAACUUGAAGAUCAACCUUUUCUAAAAAUUAUUUCUCUUCCCAUAAUUCCAGUAUUGUAGCCUCUUCUAGCCCAGUGAUUUCCGUAUGUGAAAUUAACUUCUAGCUAACAUGGUACUUUAACACAUAUAGAGAGCAUCAGGUUGCAGAAGGCCAAUUUAAAUGAAAAUUAAAUUUGCAAUAGCAUUUAACUUGCACAAGAAAACAAGGCUGCUUUUUAAACUGUAAAAUGGAUUAUUAGAACUUAGUUUGAUAUGUACUGUUUUAACAGCUUCUACUUUAUUUUUUCUCUGAAUCUUAUUCAACAGUUACUGCAACUGUACCUGAUUUGACUAGGUAGAGUAUAUAUUUGAACUAUAUUACAUAAACAAUUGAUUGCUAGCAAAUUCUUGAUAAGCUAUCAACACCAAUUCCAAUUCUAGAGAAACCAAAGAUAGUGUUAAUAUUGUUAUUAAUUCAAUUUAGUUUAGUUUAAACCAGCUUUAUGAAAUCCCAGUUUUAACUGGAAUAGAUGGCAAAAUUAUUAACUAUUUUUUGUUGGCAAAAUAUGAUGUUGAAUUCUAUGAAAAAAGAUUUCUGCUAAAAAAAAGUAAGGGUCCAUUUGUGGAGGAAGAAAAAGCUUUGUACUCAAUAUUUAUUGUAAAAUCAUUUAUUAUAAAUUAUUUUAUUGAGGGGUCUGUAUUCAGAAAUAUAUCUUGUUGCCUUGUAGGAGAAUGAAAUUCAUUUUCUGUUAGACAUUUACAUUUUCUUCUCUUUAAUAUGAAAAAAGCAGUUGCUAUUAAUGUAGAAUUUCCAAUUUUUAGAGGUCACUUCUGAUUUUGAUAUGGAAUAGUGGUGGACAAAUGCAUAGCAAAAAGAUAGCACGUUCACUAGUUAAGAAGCUAAACACUUGAAAUGACUUAGGAAUUUAAAAUAAGAAAUAAACUUAAGAUGCAUA